AGCACUGGGGUGGACUGACCAUUUGGAAACUCGGGCACUGCCCGAGGGCCCCAGGCCAGUUGGGGCCCCCAUGAGAUGCCCCUGGUACCUUUUUCAUAGGCUUUUUUGAGUUUGGGCAAGGACACAGGGGCCUCAUGAUCCCCUAUUGCCCGGGGGCCCCAUGAGUUGUCAGUCCGCCCCUGUUUCCAAAUGGUCAGUCUGCCCCUGUGCACAAGUGCCCCCAGAGCAAGCAGAUUGCUCUGGAUGCACUUGGCCGGGGGAGGUGCCA